AUGGCUUGUUCUACUGAUAGCAUUCUAUCCAAAAACUUGACUUCUUCAGUUGAUAAGCUUCUUCAAUUACUUGAUAAAUUGGAGCUGAUAUUAUCAAUCUUGGAUCAUGAUCCACCCAAGAAAAUUCAAGGAUCACUUGUACUUCCAAUGAAGACAUUGAUUUCUGAUCAACUUUUGAGACACGCAGACGAGGAUGUUAAGAUUUCUGUUACAGCUUGUCUCACUCAGAUUACAAGAAUUACAGCACCGGAUGCACCUUAUGACGAUGAACUGAUGAAGGAAUUUUUGAAGCUGGCCGUGUCAGCUUUUGAAAAAUUGUCACAUGUAUCUGGCCGCAGCUAUGAAAAAGCAAUUAGCAUACUUGAAAAUUUUUCAAAGAUCAAAAUGUUCUUGAUUAUGCUGGACCUUGAGUGUGAUGACCUGGUUAUGGAGAUGUUUCAACAGUUCCUGAGAAUUAUAAGGUCAAACCAUCUGAGUAAUGUAAUUGAAUCAAUGGAGAAUGUAAUGACCGGGAUACUUGAUGAAAGCGAAGAUAUUUCCUUGGAUCUUCUUAGGCCUUUGUUAGAUAGUGUAAAAAAGGAGAACCAGACUAUUUCACCUAUUUGUUGGACCUUGGGGGAGAAAGUAAUUACAAAUUGUGCCUUCAAACUUAAACCUUAUCUCAUGCAAGCAGUUGUAUCCUCUGGAAGAACGCUCGAUAUGUAUCCGCAAAUAGUAACUUCUAUUUGCCAGAAUCAACCUGAAUCACAAGAACACAUUCAAUCAUUAGUUCAGGCAGUUGAAAACAAUCUUGUUGUACCUAAAGAUGCUCAUGAAGUCACGUUUAGGGUAGAAGAGUCAGAAGUUGGUGAGAUAAACCGUAGUCAAGUGUGGAAGGCUGCCCGCGUCAAUAAGAGCGGGGUGAUUGAUAAUGAGAAUGUUCAAAGAGUUGUGGAUCAAUGUGAGAAGUUAACAGAAGCUCUAUCUGAAGAAGAGAGACAAGACCUUGGUCCCACAAACAUAUUAUUGGUGUUUUGUUUAGAGAAUUUGAUUGUAUGUUUUUGGAUUUGGAUUGAAGUACUCAUAGAUGGGCAUCUACAAAUUUGGCUAUGCAAACGCCCUCUUAAUAUUCUAUAUGUUAUGAUAUUUGGAAACAAUAGGAUUUGGUAA